AUGAAGGCCAGGCAAUCCCUCAUCCGUGACUUUCUCGGCCGUCGCCAACGUCGUCGCGCACCCACCAAACAGGCAGAACACCAGAAGAACAGGAGUCAGUCCGGCCGCAGGAAGAAGCGUACGGCCCAGUCGCCGCCACCAGCGGAGGAGGAUGCCGCCGCCAAGCGGCCGAGAACAAGCACGCCGAAGGCAAGGCCUCCGGCGCCCAGCAAGGCGGGAUCUAUUCGUCAUGCCAGGCCCGCGAAGCAACUCGGUGGGGAAACGCCUCAGGCGGGAAAUAAAAAAGUCGGCUCUAAGAAGGGGGCGGCCAAUAGAACCCCCGGCAGCGCGAAGACGGACAGCAGCAGCGCGAGGAGGGGGGGGCAGCAGCGGGGCGGCGGCGGCGGCGGCGGCGGCUGCCCGGAACAGAGAGAGAGGAAAGGGCGGUCGAGGGGAAAGCCGGAACCGUGCGGGAAGCGUGCCCAGGUUUCCAAGCGGGCCGCCUCGACCGGAGCCCGAAAGAGCAAUCUCGGUAAGGCUUUCGGCAAGGGGCCGAGCGCGAAGCAGCGAAAGCUCUUCAAGCUGAGCAAGUCGCUGCUCCCUCUGGGCAUCUGGCCUUCUUCGAGUGAGAGCGGGGCCUUCGACAUUGCGCCGGAGUGGAAGGCCAGCCUGCUCAAGCGCUACGAGAACCCGCCGCCGUACAGAAAGCUCAAGGCCAACCUGUACGAAGACAGCUCCCUCAAGGGCCUGGUUCCCGUUGACGAGAUCCCGCUGUGCAACUGCCGACCGGAAGACGGCUGCGACGCUAACUGCAUAAAGUGA